CACGCAUGCAAGAGGAAGGGGUACGAGCGCGAGUAUGGGUAUCGGUACACCGAGUUACCCACGUUGCUAGGUAAGAUCGCCGCGCGUAAAAUCGCACAGGACAAACCCCGACGGAAUCUGAACUCAACGCCGCGGAAUACAUAUAUACGAGUGACAGUGGCGGUGACUAAGGUAUCGACGGUCACACUCGUUCUCUACAGUUCGACCAUAUCGUUACCCAGUGGUGCAUAUAAUCAAUCUAACGUGCGAACUCGGCUGUCACCUUUGCCUCCUUGCAUCGAACGUAACUCGAAACUUAAAUCCAAUAUACGAUGAAAAGAUUCACUAGUUUCAAUCACGUUUCACUCGCGUUUUAGUGAUUCACGUCCAUAUACGAUUAAUUGUUUUGUACUUUAGUCGCGUCGAGUCCAUCUUUAAAAAAUUGUUUUUCCUGGGGAAAUUAAUCGCUCGUGCGGCGAGGCGUAUCUUUUCGCGGCCAACAAUACCUGUCAACACUCGCGCCACGCAUGACUCGAUGAUUGCACAUCGGCGUUUCCGCGAUCCGACUAGCUUGCGAAGCGCAUCCGCGGAUACCGCCACGUGCUUCACUGAACGGAUAAUCGUUUAUCGUGUCACGGUAACCCCGUUCCGUGAGACUUGCGUAAUGUCAACAAUUAUGUGAUUCGGUUUUUGGUAAAUUAUCAGCCCUCGCGAAAGGUGUCGCGGUGUGGUUAAGUUCGGUAAGAAAGCCGGUGAUACAAUUGUUUGAACGCAGUGAAGUGUUUUCAAACUGAAACUGUUACGGUGACCAGUGUUUGAUAUUCUACCAUUUCGAAAAUGAAAUUGUUUCUAACCUUAUUAGCGAUUGGAUCCUUGGUGAACGCGGACAGCGAGCCUUGCUUCGAGUACGGAUGUUCAGUACGACCACAGUACGAGCCUUUUGUACCUGCACCUCCAGGACACACUCCAAAUUGCGCAAAACCGGGACAAACGUUCUGUGAAAGUCUUGAUCAUUAUCCCCGACGAUUGAUUAAAUUUCUCGUGGACAAAUGCAGCUUCGACUUCAGCUCUGUAUUGAAAGACGAGUCCAAAGAUGAUUUCAAUGUUUACAGGUCGGUCCCGGAUUACUCCGAGGGUUAUGAUUACCCGGCGCAAGGGGAGGGCCAAUUACACUCGUUACCGUUCCUGCCUCCGCCUCAGUAUCCCGUUCAAGGGCAACCGACGCUCAUUUACGGAUCCUCGUCGAACGACACUCAGCAGAAUGGCUACAGGUACACCACGCCGACCCAGAGGAAUCCAUUCUUGGGGGACGAGACGACGCCUGUCAAGUACCAUCCUACGGGACAACAAGCCCAGUCGGAUCGUCCCUUUUACGCUCAGCCACAGGCCUUGAACUCCUUUGGACAGGGUCAAGCGUGGUGGACGAACAGCUUUGCGAGGUACGCGAGGAGCAAUAAAAUUGCACCACGGACGACGUUCGAAAAUCCGUUGUUGAAAUACAACAAAUCGAACAGAGGGCGAAACAGGAGGCAGUCAAAUCUCGAUGCGAUCCCACUUUGUCCAACAGAGGCUCAGUACAUCACACCGAGGGCGGCGCUUAACAAUCAAGGAAACUGGAUGUACGUGGUGAACCUUCAGGAUCAGAACAGGAAAUAUUCGCAGGUUGUGAAAAGCGAGAAAUGCACGACAAACGUUUGUAACGGUAUUUGUUCCGUUCCUGCGGGAUACACCAGUAGAUGUCAGCAGCAGUAUGUCCAAAAGCGGUUGGUGGCACUGGAAGGAAGCGGAAAUCAGCUGUAUACCGAUGUGUUCUGGUUCCCUCAUGGCUGCACCUGUGAAAUUCUGGCGAAUUACUGAAAAACUAGGCCAAACGAGGCGCGAAGUUGGCGAAAAAUUUGAUUGAAGGGCAAACUUGAGUUGCAUCUGUUUAUCAACGAAAGACGCAGUAUUAUAAACCCCUCGCGAUGAUUUCUCGGAGGCAAAUUAUAUUGUCGCACUUUGGAAUCGUAAAGCGAAAAAGGCGUGGAUUGUCACGACGAUUAAUCAAAGGAAUGUAUGACAGAAGAGUUCCUCGAAAUGUAUUGUGGACUCGUACGUGAAUAAAUAAGCGAAUGUCACGAAUUUUAGAGAAGAAUGUCGACGAAGCUUCAAUUUGCGGAGAAAGAAA